AUUAAUGUCGGAUAUUGAAGACUUUUAAGAUCAUAGAUAGUCUUAUUAACGAUUACAACCAGAAAGAUAGAGAAACACCUUACCUAAAUGGAAAAUCCUGUUACAUAAAGUUGAUCUUUUUUCAAUGAUACCUACACCUAAAACAUAUCCAGUUAGUACCAAAAGAAGCUUAAUUGGAACUUUCGUAUUUAUUUUCUUAUUUGCAAGUUAUAUAAUCUCUAGUUUUAUUUGUAUUUAUUUUGAUUAAUCUAGUUUUUAUUAUUGACAAUGUUCCUAGAUUAAAUGAAUAUACAUAAUUAGAUGAUUCUACAUCCGUAACGUAAGGUCCUGAUCUUGCAAUAUAAUUCUUAUAUGGGAGUCCCUUUUAUGAUUCAAUCACUAAUGAUACCUUUUUUAGUAUCACAAUGCAGCAGGUUAUUAAAUAUUUAGAUCCAACCAAAGAAGAUAAUUCUUCUAUACAAAUUCCUUUAAAAACAUGUUACAGUCAAGAUUUAGACUGGAUGCCUAAAAAUGCUUCACAUUUAGCUUUUUUAUGUCCAAUGGUUCCUCUUAAUUUAUCUGGAUAAUUAUAUUAAUCCGAAGAAUUCAUUUAUCCAAGAAUUUAAAUAGAUUAUUGUCCUUAUAAAGAUACAUCAAAAAAAUGUGAAUCCGAAGAUGAAAUUAAGAGAGUAUGUUAUACAUUUUAUUUAGAUAACUGCAGGAGGUAGGUUGUUUUUGUAUAUAAAAAGUUAAGCACCUGAUGUUAAUUUUGUUACAGGUAAAGAAACCAAUGCUUUAACAUAUUAAGUCUUCUAAUACUUUUUAACCCCUGGCUUAUAUAAUAGAGCAGAAAUUGUAUUAUAAAAGUAAUCUGUAACCAUGAAAGGAGAUUACUUAACUUAAUUUAAAACUAAACAUGAAGAAUUCUUAAUUGUUAAUAGAUAAUAUUUAUAUGUAACAAAUGUAACCUAAAAUGAUGUUAUAUCAAAAAGGAAUGCAUCAAUUUAUAAAGGAUUUUAAAUUUUUUUAAGAUUAGAUUAAGAAGUGAAAAUAACAUAGGUUGUUAAAACUACCAUAAUUGAUACUGUUGCUUAAUGGGGUGCAUUUUAUGGAGUUUUAGUUGGUGCUUUUGCACUUUACUUUUUAAAAUAUAAUUAAAAACAAUUUUAUGAAAAGAAUAAACAAUGGUAACUAAUUUUAAAUUAUAUUAGGGCUAAUUUUGAUUCAAAUGAUAAUUUAAAUGAAAGCAAAUAAUUACAUGAAACAGAAAUAAAAAAUUCAUAAGAGUGA